CCUGGCUGUGCCGCACAGAGGGAUGAAGCUCUCUCGCUUAAGUUAAUGCUACACGGCGCUCGCCGUCCUGGGAAAUCACACUAUUUGGCCCCUUGCGCUUUGAGGCCUGAAUCCUGCAAUGUAUCACACAGCCAAGGAUGAGCGUGCUUCGCCGUUGGAACUUCGUCGGCCGAGAGGUGUAUCCACACCAAUCGCGGCGCGAAGCACACCUGAGGGGUUGGCUUGCCUGACUGUUUGUAAUCUCCCGAUCUUUGGGUCUUUUGCUGUUCUUCCAAGGCAUCCAAAAGUGCACAUAAUGGCCACGACGCCCCCAUUCCCCUGAGAAGUCGGCCCUCUCGGAGUCUCUCUUCUUAUUCCUUCACCGAUCCCAGUCACUCUUUUGUAUUCCAGUCCGGAUCCGACAAACUCUACUACCAAUAAUAUGCGUUUCUUCGCCACUGCUCUUGCCCUCGCGGCCCCCUUGGUCUCCGCCAUGCAGUUCACCAGCCCGUCCAUGAACUCUACCGUCACCAAGGGCUCUAGCUACGAGCUGACCUGGAACACUGUCGACACGGACCCGUCUGCUUUCAGCAUCUUCCUCGUCAACUUCGUCAAUUGGCCGCCUUUCUACACUCUUUUGGCUGAAAACGUCGAGACCUCUGCCGGGGCCGUCUCUGUCGACGUUCCCUGCUCGGCUAUCAACUCUUAUGGUUACCAAUUCAAUGCCAUCAACGGCACCAACGUCUACGUGAUCUACGCGCAGACGCCCAAGUUCUCCAUCUCCGGAGCCGACUGCACAGGCCCGACCACGCUGCCCCCGGCUUCGCCCUCCACCUGUGCGCCGCCGAGCACCGUCACUGUUACGGUGAGCAAGACCCUUUCCAAGAACUCCACCGCGGCGGCGACGGGCGGUAUCUCGGCGGCCCAGAGCAAGAUCACGACCUCCGCCGCCGUCUCGGCCUCCUCCCAGCCCACUUCUGCACCCGUCUUCCAUGGCACUUGUCCUGACAUCAUUGGCUGGGCUGCAGACUACCAUCACCCUGUAACUCUCACCAAGCCCCCUCGCCACCCCGACAACAUCGCCUUCGCCCAGCCCACCCAGGCCCCCUCCUCAACCGGCAGCGAUGACGACGACGAGGACGUGACGAGUACCAUCUACCGCACCACUUACCUGCCUUUGGAGAUGGCCCCCACUGGCGCCUGCACCUGCUAAGUGGAAACGGCUUAUCUGACAAGCCCCCUCGGCAAUGCAAUCAACACGGCAUAUGGCGAAACGGAAACCGGGGUGUAAUUUUGGUGGUGGAGUGUGUUGUGUAUAUAUUUGUCUCGCUUGCGGCAAAUUUUCUUGAAUGUCGAUGGUUUGGUGUAAUAUUUCUGGCCACAAAAACAUGAACAACCCGAGCAUGGCCGGCAGAAGUGUGCCCGAUCUGGAGAGCACUUCAAAUCCAGCCCUGAAGCCUCUUGCAAUCAAACUUGCAGGGUCUCUACACAAUUUCUUCACUAUGUCCUCUUUAUAUGUGUGCGCGCUCCAAUUUGUCAAUGUCUCAAUGUCUUGCGACGAAAAAGAAUUGAAAAAAAAAAAAAAAAAA